AGUUGAGUUUUAAAUGGAUGCGAGUGUGAUUGAGGCAUUACAUAAAUCUCGUUUUGGUAAGUUGCACUACAACGCCAAUGAUGACAUCAAUUCCCUCUUCAACCGUCUUUCAGUUCAAACGCGGCAACCGACCAGUGGAGCAAGUCACAAUAGGAAAUCUUUGGAGAGUCAUGCUGCCUCAGCACAAACGCAGACGGAAUUUAUACCAAAUUUUUUUGCUAGGAAAGUUGAACACGUUCUUAACCCUGAUAGAGACCGAAAUUGGUGUUCGGAAACGCGACGGAGGCGAAACAUGGCGUCAGUGAAACAGCAGUAUGAGGAUAAAUUGAAAUAUCAAUUGGAAAUUGAACAGAAGAAGUUCGAGGACUUUGACGCAGAACAAGCUCGUGCUCUUCAGUUUAAGUACAGAGAGAUACAAGAUGGUAAAAAUUUUCUAUAUGCUGAAAAAAUAAAUGCCAACAAAAAGCAACUGGGGGCGGAGUCCCAGAAGAGAUUGCAGAUUGAAGUUGAAAGAAGACACAAUGAAGACAUAGAACGUGCUGCUUUGGAGCUGGAAAAACAGAGGCAGCAAGAAAGGUUAGACAAAGCAGCUGAAGAAAAAAGUGUCCAAAUAGCUAAAUUGGAGUUGGAGAGAAGAAAAGAGGCAGAAGCUAAAGCUAAAAGAGAAGCAGAGGAGCGAGAAGUGAUAGCGCUUCAGAUAAAUUUGGGAAAAGCGAGGCUGAAAGAGAUGUUGGAAAUCAUAGAAGCCGAUCAGAAAUUCCAUCAAGAAGUGCUGUCGAAAGUGAAGGCGGAAGCAGGAACAUUCGAUAGUUUGUCAUCGCUUUUACAAGAAGCGAAACACUCCUUGCAAAAUAUGUGCAUAUUGGUGCAGCAUUCUCACCAACUCAUUGGUCGCAAUCCUCACUCAAUAUCUCAAGAGCUGGAAAAGUUGAAGGCACACAGCGCGCAUUUGAACAAGUCUCUAAAAGCAGUUGAUGAAAUAAUCGAAAACUCAGAGCGAGGAAAGCAACAGGUUCAGCCGAGUGCGAAUAUCCAGAUUAUUGACACUGUCUCUGAAAGUGGUCCAGAAGUUUCCUCGGAUGAUCUGGAUGUAAUAUUCACAUUCCAUGAAGCACUGAAGAAAAGUAGCAGUCCACAAUGCAAGUUGUUCCUGAAGACUGUGAAAGGUGGUUGCAAUGUCAUCAAGAAUUCGCUCAGUGCAAAUAUGGAUAAUUUGAAGUUGCACAGAGACAAUGUCAUUGCACUGUUUAGAGGACAAACAGUUACUGUGGCAGAUAAUUUUGCAGUCAAUCCAGCAGCUGUGAAUAAUGGAGUGGAUAUUACUAGAUUAGUCCUAGCGGAGACGGUGGUGUGUGGUUUGAACCAGUUCGACAAGCGAGAGCUAGCAAUGGCUUCUCUUCUAGUAGAACUGGCAGCGGCUGACCCCUCAUUCCGCAAUAUCCUCCUAGCUGUAUUCCAUCGCAAAUGCCCCUUCACUCGCCCCAUAUUUCUCAGCAGGAAACCGAAGCAAAGCGAAGACAGCUUCAAAGAAGACUUGGGAUACUUGAAGCAGCUGGGAGAGUGGGAGGAUGCCAAAACAUAUCUGAACAGGGUCCUUUAUACCGUGCAAUUGUACUCUGCUGUUCUGACUUGUAGGCCAAUGAGUGGUUCUAUCCAAAUACACCCCUAUGGAUAUAAACUAGCCUGGCAAUGGCUUGCAACAUUUGUUAAUACCCCGCCUUUCAGUGAUUUUGCAGCUGGAAUUCUGCGUGAGUUUUUGUCAGUGUGUGGGCGAGAUUUAUUGAGGCAAUAUGGCGUCCAGUUUGAGAAGUUGAUGAGAGUUGUUAAUGAUGAAUAUUUGAAGAGAUGUCGAGAAGUAGGCGAUGAUACAACCUUUGUGGGAGCCCUUGAAAACUCUUUAACCCACUAUUUUGACACUGGACAUUUUUUCCAGGACUUUUCUUUAGAUGCACAGUUUUGGGAGCAUUACUAGUUGAAUUGAAAAUUGCGUUUUUGUUCCGGCUUUCGAUACGAAAGUAACGGAAUAUUUGUGCUCGGGGUGGGUUUUUUUUUCUUCAGACAAAUUUCGACUU